AUGGCUAGUGCGCAGCUACGAGAAGUGCGCCAUAGCACUAGUCCGGAGACUCUUGUUAUUGUUGUUCCCGGUGUUGGCACGGCGAGCCCAAGGACAUGGUUUGAAGGGAAGGGUGAAUCAUGGCUUGAUUUUCUCCCUAGCAGUGCAUUGCCAUCACCCGCAGUCUAUCAAUACAAUCACGGGCUAAACUCAGGUGAAAAGGAUUCCCAAAUUUGGCAUAAUGUCCUAGAAAAGGGCCUCGGACUGCUCGAAGCUCUGUUGAUGCUGCUCGGGAACAAAGAGAAGGUCUCGCCCACUUUGCUUCCCGACGACUUUGAACUGACAAAGCCGUUUCAAUCUUGUCCAAUUGUAUUCAUUGCCCAUAGUUUAGGGGGAAUUAUUGUCAAGCAGGUGAUUUUCUUCGAAUUGGUUGUGAAGGCCAUGGACGCUGAUUCUUGCAGUGCCUCACCAAGACACUCGAAAGGACAACGGACUUCCAGGACAUCGUACCAACGCCGCAUUCCAAAUCAGUUGAACCAAAAGAUUGGAACCAGCCGCAAGCUACUCGCGGGGACUCAUGGCUAUCGUAAAAGAGGAUAUCCAGCAUCUGUCAAAGACGCGACCCGCUUGGCAGAUUUGCGUUUACGCUUCGAAGGGGUCGCGACCAAUCUUCACAUAAUAACGUUCUGCGAGACAGAGGAAACCCCAAUCAAAAGCUUGUUUGUCCGAGCAUCCAAGGCAUCCAAAACAGUCAUUGUGCCUAAGGAGUUGUGCAAGGUGAACGCUCGCUUGGAGGAGUUUGUCGAGGUUACAGCCAACCAUCUUGAUAUUUGUGAAGUGAUGCCCUGGCCUUUAUUGGAAGAGCACGUUCGAAGAGCGGUGUCAACAGCCACAUUCCGCAUCAAGACGGUGCUAAGCGAAGAUCAUACCGCUGCAAACCAAUUGCGGAACGAAAGUGAACAUCUCGGAUUGAAAAGUACAAGCAAUCAGGCCACCGCUGCCUUCAGUGAAACACGGAGAGACGGCAUGGCUCACUUGCCAGAUUUUUCGACGGCUAGAAGAGACCCUCGUCUCCCUUGCCAUAUUAUCCCUAAUGCGAAAAAUAGAGACUUCUAUGGCAGAAGCGACGUUUUGGCCCGAAUUGAUGAUUGUUUGACACCAUUUGAUGAUAACAAGGAAUCCAAAAAGGAUGUCAAGACUUUUGCUCUUUGUGGACCUGGUGGUAUGGGCAAGACUGAAGUCGCUAACGAGUUUGCCAUUACUCAUACUGAAGUGUACGAGGCCAUAUUCUGGGUUUAUGCCAAAGAAGCGACAACGCUAGCCGAUGAGUUUAGUCAAAUCGCGGAAAAUCUCGGUCUUGUCUUGGAAGGUACCGCAGAUGCUAGAGACCCAGUUGUCACUCGUGAACUUGUGAAGGGCUGGUUGGAAAAACCGGUUAGGUCCUACAACAAAACGAAUACCGACCCAGAGGACGAGGUUUCCUGGCUUUUGAUCUUUGACAAUGUUGAAAAUCCUGACGUGAUCGAGGAGUUUUGGCCACCGACAGGCAGUAAUGGGUCCGUACUCAUCACUAGCCGAGACCCUCUAGCAAUGACACCUUACUAUCAAAUUCAGGAUGGUAUUGAUCUACCACCCCUGAGUAAAGAGGAUGCAGCAGAUCUGCUAUUGAAGUUGACCUGGCGUGAACAGGAUGCUGAAGAGCAAAAGCUGAGUCUUCCAGUGGCUGAGAAGCUUGAAGGCAUACCCCUUGCGCUAAUUCAGAUUGCUGGUGUCAUUAUUCGGCAGACACGCGGCACACUUAGUAACUUCCUUAGUCUAUCGCUCGAGCCUAGUCACAUAAAACGCAAGAACUAUGGUUAUACAGUCUGGGCGUUGGAGGAGCUGAAACAUAGCUCUGGCCUUCUGGAUGUGAUGGCAUUCCUUGGUGCGGACAAAAUCUCCGAAAGAUACUUGACAGAAAUCAUUGGGACAGCCCAACUUCCAGAUUAUUCCCAAUCUUUGGCAGAAUACCAGGAUGCCAGGAGUGAGCUUCUCACAUCUUCGCUGAUAAAAAACGAUCGAUCAGCAUCGAACCUGACAAUCCAUCGUUUAAUCCAAGAUACCGAGAGAGCAAAAAUGAUCCCAGAUAGAUCGACGCGCGUCUUCUCGGCUGUAGUUAAUCUACUAAAGACGAUGUGGCCAGCUGCAGAGCUCGGAGUCCGUCACCAUGUAGCUCGCUGGAAAGACUGUGAACCGCUGUCGCCGCACAUACUACAGUUGAAGGAACAUUUUGAUCGCGCCGGGGAAAGUUUGAAGUCACGUUGGAAGAAAAACUUCGAAUUUGCGAAUCUACUGAACGAAUUGGGAUGGUAUUUCCAAGAACGAGGGUACACACCCGAGGCGAUGGAAUGCUACCGAAUAUCGCAGGAAAACAUCGAACACAUCAUCGACGAUGGAAGUCACCAGAGAGCGCGUGCUACCCACCAGAUGAAACGUGAAGACAAAGAAAUGGCCCUGCUUGCCGAGAUUCACAAUAAUAUUGCUGGUGCGGCGACAGAAUACAACGAUCCUGAUAUGGCAAAGAGUCAUUUCCUCACAUACAACAAAAUGCUGAAAGAUGAGCACGGCGGUCUGAAUACAGUGGAAGAUUCGAGACUCACAAGUUCUUUCUUCAAUGUAGGAAUGAGUUUCAUGAUGAAGGGGGAAUAUGAAAGCUUCAUUGUGUGGCUCAAUCAAGCGUUAACGGAAGCGGAACGACUCCUUGACAUCCGAAAGGUCAAAUCAGCUAGGAGUCUAGCCUUGAUAAAACUUGGUUUAGCGUAUUGGCUUAUGAACCGCCCAGAAGAGGCUUCUGAGAGACUGGAAACCGCGCGCAAAGAAAGAGAGGAACUAUUUGGGCCUAACGAUCGCCAGUCCAUGAUUACUGGACGGGUUUUAUACGGCUUAGGCAACGUUCGACAUAGUCAGGGCCUUCUUGACGAUAGUCUAGACUAUCAUCAGCGAGCGUUACUGCAUUUCAAGGAGACCGUCGGGAAUAACCACCACCGCACAGGAAACUCAUGUUUCAAAGUUUCUGAGCACUACCUUCGGAUCGGGAAUUUAACAGAAGCUAUUGAGCUCCUAGACCAAGCAAUUAAGAUAUUUGACCGGCACCAUUGCUACCUUGGGGAGAGGGGGCGAUCAUACUUCUUAAAGAGUGCUGUUCUAGAGCAACAAGGGCAAGACGAAAUUUCGCAAUCGUGUCUUCAGGCUGCACGCACUCUCUACAACACCCUGAAUGGCGACGUUUCUGGUGCGGAUUUAAAACUGCAGGACUUUGAUAUUCAUGUCCAUGUGUGGGGACGCUGA